AGCACCCGCGCACGCGAGCAUCCCUUCGUCGUGUGGGGUUGCGCGCCACCGUGUGCGUGCGUGCGUGCGUGCGUGCUGUAUCUGUGUACGUGCGUGUUUGUUUGCAUGGUGCCCGCCGUGGAAGAGAGAAAGAGUACACGAGUACGUGGGGCACACAGCGGCAUGCCGAGAGCGCUGCCAAUCGUGGUAGCUAACAGCGUGGGGUUAGCGUGACGUAACCCCGCGUGGCACGCUAAUCGCUCGAUUCACCCUCGCUGUGCGCGCCCGUGCCGAGGAUACACGGGCUUAGUUUAGAAGCAUCAUGACCUCUCGCACUAAACACGAGACCUAGCCCGGCCAGUAGCCAGCAUCCGCGCGAGACGGAAUCGCUAGCAAAUGAGUAGCGGGCUGCUAAUAGUUCUGCGCGACGGCGAUGACUCGGCGUGGAUCGGUCCCCGAUCGAGUCGGCACCUCGGGCGCACCACGGGUGCGAUUUCGCGUGCGGCCGCGACUCGCGGAGUCUCGACGGGGAUCGCAGUGCGAAUAACGACGUUCGAGUGCGCGUCCGUGGACAUUUAAGGGACCUGGAGCCUCCGCAGGACUCUCGAGGCAUCGUCGCGGCGGCCGCGAUUCUAACGCACGGUCCUCGCGAACUGUAUGAAAUUUCUUCCACUGGAAGAUCAUAAUGACGUUGGCACCGUCAAGCGACAGACCUAUUCGGUGUUUACAAUGAGAGACUGAACGACGUGGGACAACACCGACACGUGGUAUUGGAUCAAACGUACACUCGGACGUGGGCAUAAAUCCACAACGGGAUUCCGAUCAACCAGCUGGUAAGAGGCAGACACCGUGGUGGAAUUCGCGUAUGAUGGAAACGCGAGCGCCGGGUGAGUCGUCGGGAGAAAUUUACGGCAACCACUGGGAUUCGCGCGACUCGCCGAGCGCGGCGAAUCGUCUGAUAUUCGCUAUCAGAUAAUGCACGGCCGUCGCCGAUAAUGGAGCGAUAAUCCGCCUAAGACUAUUCGUAUUACCAAGCUGACUGCCGCAGUUGAGGACGGUCCGCCGAACAUCGAUUGCAUCCGUGAAGAAGCACAGCACGAGCCAAGACUCUCCUUCCUGACGAGGCAAGCACGUUCGACGGCGCUAUAACUGGCCGCUCGAUUAUACCCGCGGGGAUUUUUCACCAUGCGACUCUGAUUGAUCAAUUGGCGAAUAGUUCAGCGACUCCGUCUCUCGCGCCGACUAACAGCAGGCAAGCAAUUGGUCGAAUGGGCCGUUAACGACGAGGCAGUUCGCUCAAAUAGCGUCGUUUCGUCGAGGACUGAUCGAAGGGCGCCCUUUUCCCCUACCUGUGAGAAUGCGAGGUCGUUUGUCCUGAGUCUUCUCAGUGGGCAAGAUACAUAGCGAGAAGGACGAGGAUAAUAGCCUCAUGGUCGACGGCACGAGAAGCGUCUAGCUGUUAAUGCGGACGAGUCGGCGGAGGAAUAACAUCGCUGGCUGGCUUUUAUGUGGCCUGUAGCCGUUGCUAUCACGAGGAAAGAAGAUCGUUACCAACUUCGGCCGGAGACCCCGCGGAAGAUUAAUGAACGACGGCGACGGCGGCGGCGGCGGCGUCGGCGGAAUAGAGCGUUUCGCAAACCGUAGCGUUCGAUAAGAUCGAAGAAAGUCGCGUCGCUCCCCCUCGUGUGCGGCCUCGUGCGGCGCAAGCAAGGUCGGCUUCAUGUUGUCGCGAUUUCUGCAGGAGCUCUCGGCGGACAACGUCGUCGCGGAGAAGCGGGGAGAAGGCUUGUGAUCGUUCCGGCAGCGGGCCGAUCGUUCCCGCGCCACAACCGAUCGCAUCGCGAUCACCGUCGCCGCUGGCGAGAGUAAUGUGACAGCGCGAGGUGGAGAGAUGACGGUGACGCCGUCGACUUCCGAUGUCGCUGAUAAGGCAGUGUCGACGGACGAUGGCGGCAGCGGCAUGGAGGUGGCACGUCUUGAGGCCGUCCUCGCUGCUCUGGUGGAAACGAAGGUGGAGGCGAUGAAAGCGUCGUCGACCCUGAGCCGACGCUCCGGUAGCGCGCCUGCCAGUCCGCGCCGACCUAGAUUGACCUCGACCUCGACGGCCUCCUCAUCGCUGAACCAUCAUCAUCAUCACCAUCACCAUCAUCACCACCAGUCGCAUCAUCAUCCGCAUUCGCAGCAGCAGCAGCAGCAACAGCAGCAGCAACAGUACAGGAAGAAGGGCCAGCCGCAACAGCAACAUCAUCGCCACCGUCGCAGACGUCACGACUCCGCGCCCUGCGGGGAAUACCUCAACAGUGCGACGGAUCAUUCUCAGCACAAGUCAUCUAACGGAAAGGGCCGGAGAAGAGCUUCCGAAAGUCCUCGAAGCCCUCGAAAGAAGCGCAAGCAUUCGAGGAGUCCAAAUGUUCUUCAAGGCGUUCAAGACGUUCACGCCGGCCUCGAUUCGCGCCUCGAGCUGGUCGGCAUAGACGGCGACCAAAACGUGGCCCUAAUAAACUUCGAAAGGGCUAAAGAAAGGGCUAAAGAAGUCUUCGGCGACUCUUCCAAAUAUCCGCCGCUGCACCGAAGUGCCUGCUACAUUUCCCAAAGCGAAGCUCAAUUAAAUAUUCCUUACGACGAUGCCGACUACGUGGCGUUGAACGUAGCCGACGAGGAGGAGGAGACCUUGAGCGGCCCGGAGAAGGUGGACGAGCUUCAGGAGAGAUAUCAUCGACCGCGAAGAAAGCGCAAACGUAAACGAUGUAAGGUCGAGUCCGUCGUCAGCCCGGAAGAGGAGCUCGUCGAUCCCGAAGAACUCCCUCCUCGUGCACGAUGGACGAUCGUCGUCACCGCUUGUCUUCUGCUCGCGAUGUCCCUGUUCCUGGUCGGUGUCACGCUACGGAUGGCGCCUAUAAUCGACGAUAUGGGAGAUGAUAGAAGAGCCAGUGUUUGCAAGAAAACCAGGCCGCGAAGGGCGAGCAGCGUGAACACCCGACGGGACUCCGUUCGUCCCACGAAGACGGACGUUAAGCAGACGCGGAAGGUAAUAGAGGAUGCUCGCGAUCUCGAGCAGGCGAGGCGUCACCGGCGAAUCGCCAUGGUCGUUCUUGGGACCUUCAUCUUUCUGCUGGUAGCUUCGGUGCUGGUGGUGGUGGUCACCUUAACGCACAGCAUCUUUCUCAGCCCGGUGACGGGCCCGAAGGAGUUGACGGAGCACAGAGCUAUACAAUUGCGGAAGGAGAACGAGGAGCUGCUGAACUCCUUGAACAGGGACAACUCCGUGCCCGAGAACGUCACGGCGCCGCCUUAGAGCGGGAAUCUCCGCGAACGGAAGUGCAUCAUCGUUCUCGUCCGUUGUUCUUGGCUCGCUUCCGGCUGUCACGACAUGGGUGGGCUUCUCUCGCGGAAGAGCCUAGCAGCCGGGGUGUUUCACGACGUCGUAGGGAUUCAACGUCGCGGGGAGCUGUUUCGCCUCGUGAGACAAGCGGCCGAGAGACGCCCGGGCGACUCGGGGGAGAAGUUUCCAGCCGGAUUACGGUGACAGCUGUUAUAACGCGGGUGAAAAAUAUUGAAGGCAGAUCUGAUUGCGAAUUGAGAUCACUCCCGAGACAAAUGAUAUUUCACGAAAGUCCGCGCUUGAUAUAUCCAUAAAAUGAAAUACAGCUCUCGCGAUGAGGGUAACGUUCGGGCGUCAACGUUUAUAUGUCGGACAGAUAAAAUCCGGCUUACGUUGAAAAAUAACCGACACAUUCGACAACACAAGUCCCGAGCGACACUACAAUGUCGAACUUCGAUAACGCUUAGGACCAGGAAUUCACAGAAAUUUCGUGCAAAUCGUAUUCGUUCGAGAGAGCUUUUUCCUCGCGCGACGAUAAAUCGCGUCUCGUUCGGAUCAAUAGACGAACGUUCUUUUUCUUCAGCCAUGACGUUUAUUACAUUUUUAUUUUUCAUUCGACAAUGCAUUUUCCAUGAUCCUUUGCCGCAUCUCCAUCGUUCCUUUUGCACGAGUGUCGGUGUGAGCGAUAAUCCCGCGAAUUGAUUUCAGUUAGAGCGUAACGUUCACGAGGAUCGCGGCGUUAGUUUCGAGUCUCCGCGAUUUCGUCAAUGAGAACUCGAUUUGCGACCACACGGUUCGCGCAGAUACACUUUUCUAUCAGCGAUAAUGUACGAUAGCAUCUCUCUCUACGAGUACUGUCAGAGUUUACACGCAUGUACGUGUAGCAACCAAUCCUUAUUAAUAUGAUAUCGUUUCCGCGACGUUUAUAGAGCACGCGACGGGACUUAAAAGGCCGGAUUAGAAUUUUUAUGAUUACCUGUUAUACAAGUAAAAUUUCUCUCGUAACGUAUGCGUCGAAUGUAAGAUACUCUUUUGAGAGACUACGAUCGCGCGAGCGAGAUGGUAGCUUCGACUAAUGAGUAGCGAUAGGAAGAAUUUUCUCUAUGUCUUUCGACCAAUCUUUCGACUCGUCAAUUUCUGUCCUCGAUGCCGAAUUAACGCGUCUACGUUGCUCCGUUUUCGCUAUCUAUUCUAAAAUUAUAACCGUCCUGAUAAUUGACCUGAUAAUUCUGCAAGAUCCAACUCACAAAAUUAUGAUCUUUUAGCUUCUGUUAUCAAUAAGUAGACCAUACAUCUUUCUACAUAAAAUAAAAAAAUUUCAAAAACCUGAAAUUAAAAAACCAAAUUAAAAAGUAGUUUUUAUUUUCUACUAGUUGCGCCAUUUUUGUUAGUUGCGUCUUUUUCACUCAUUUGUUUUUAAGGGUUAAAUUUGCUAAUAAAUGUCCUUAAACAUAUCCUCCUUUAAGAAAAGAAAGUUUUCUUUUAAAAGAAGAAAAUUGAUCAUACUUGUUUUGUUAAACAAUUGCCAAGAAUCUCAGUGUUAUCUGUACUUUUCGAAUCAUAUGUCAAAUUUUCAUAUUUGCUUUUCUCGAGAAAAGUAUUCCAUAUGAGUUGGGUUAUUCUUGCAUAACUGCAGGCAAUUGUGUUUCCCUGAGAAAAACAAACAAAACAAAAGAGACGAAACUGUUCGCCGAUCGCGCGUUUUAUAUCGUUUGCUUUGCCUAUGAAUCCACAAACGUAGACGUAUGGAAUAGACUGCGCAUUACUGUAGGAGAGAUUAGAAAAAUGCAUACUUUAAGUAAAUCUUACUUGUCUAAAAUAUUUCAUAAGUCUAUAUAUGUAUUUACAAAUCUAUUUCUCAGACAGCAUAAAUUACUAAAAGAUGUCUAAUAUGGAUGUCUUGAAAACACCUUUCAAUAGAUCGUGCUAUCUGAAUCGUAAGUUCAUCAUACGAAUUAAAUUUGUUCAAAAUACAUUCUAAAUCAUAUUAAAUUUGACAUUUCAAUUAAGAGUAUUAAAUUAAAAUGAAAAUUUGGUUUGCACAUCCACACAGAGUUGUAAAUUUUUUCUUGAACGAAGUUUUAUAAUAUUCUUGCAAAGAGAAUAAAUUUUUUCCUUUUACAUAUGAUAAUAAGCUUUUAUGAAAUUUUUGAAAAUAUAUUUUAAAUUUAUUAUAUCACACGCACACAAGAAAAUAUUCUUUCUUAAUAAAAGAGAGAGAGAUAAUAUCCACUGUUGCUUAAAAGAAGAAAAAUAAACAGAGAAAAAAUAAAUAGUUUUUCUUGGCAGUAGAAUGAUAUCUUUUUACGUACAACAUUGGUAAAAGAGGGCAAUAGAGAAUAAGAUGUUGUUUAAUUUUCUACUUGGAAUAAAGAAAUUACAUGAUCAAAGCGUCUUCUCUUUCUUUCACUAUGUUGCAUUCUCUCUUUUGUUUCUCCCACGUUGGUUUACGCGACCCUUAAGAAUACUGUGCGACGAAGAAAGCACCUAACUUGGCAUAUCUCUGUUCUUCAAUCUUGUCAUCAGCCAUCCCAUAAAAAUGCGCAGUCUGUUCCACGAGUCUAUGCCUAUGAACGACAGAAUCGACAAUGCGACUUCGAUCAGCCGGCUCGAUCGCAUUAUUAGCUGAGAAAUACUUAUCGUCUAGGAAAGCAGACGAGAAUGGGCUGUAUUCUGAACACAUAACGAACGUUAAAUGUGCCUCACUGAUUCUGAAAUUGAAACGACAUUGUACGUGGCGCUCAUAUAAAUAAAAUUAAACUUAGAAUCAAAAAGAUAUGUUAGCGCACUCGCUAUAUGUCCAGAAUAAGGUUCCAUUUCAGUAUUAGUAGCUUUGUCGUUGUGUCCGACUAUUCUACUCGAGGUAGACACGUUCGCGUCGUACAAUCAUUCGGCAAACGUAAUCGCCGAUCUCUCGUGAUACGAUUGGUGUCACAUAAGGACGUAAGUUAGAGAUUAACGAAAACCGCUCCUUCGGGCGAACGUUUCGCGGGCUUUCUUUUCACGUAAAAUCGGCGUUGAAGAUCGAGCGAGAUAAUCGUUGCGGCCGAAUUUCGCUGAUAAUUUCGAAGUUCGUUAUUAAUGUAAAUCGUAAAUCGACUCGCGCUCGUGGAUCACUCGCCGGAAAAAGAAGAGAACAUUUCGACCGUAUUUUUCGGCGAUCCGCGCGACGGAAACGCGACUAUUUACUUGCGCAGUGCGUCGCGCGAAUCCCUUUUCUAUCGAGAUACAAUAAAACAUUCUAUUAUUCACAUCCCCUUAGUCAGUGACACCAGGUGCCAUAAACUUCUAGAUUACGCCUACACAAAUUGUUUACGCCUAUACAAAUUGUUAUUUCCUACGUGACGUGACGUAUACACGGCCGUUUUUCAUAAUAUCCAUUGGCAAUGAAAAUUAUGUAGUAUACUUGAAAAUUAAUAUUAAAGUAUACAAAAAAGUAUAAUUAAAUUAUGAGUCAGUCACUGUAUCUGUUUCGGAUAUUAAUUAUGAGUGUAAUGUUCGAGAGAGAUAAAUAAUUGCAUAAAAGUUUUAUUUCAUUAUGUGAGGGAUUGCUGAAUUUAACUUUAUAGGUAAGCAUUCUAUGGACUCUAACUUGUUUGGGCAACAGUCCCAAGUAGAAAAAGCGACCUCUUUCUGGCCAGUAACUGGCCAGAGAUUCUGACUAGUUUUUGGCCAGUUUAAGUGACACUUGCUUCGCCAGUGACUAGACUAACUAGUGAUGAACUAGUGACUAACGUUUCAGAGGAAACUUGGUUUUUCUUGCGACAGCAUUGCAGUUAAACUUCUCGCCUGCGCUCUACAAUUCUAAGAGAAGAUUUCAAGAGAAGAUUUCAACUGAAAUCGUUUGUCGCGAAAAAAGCAGCUUUUUCUACAAACAGUGACUAAAGGGAUUGAAUAAUUGAGCGUCAGUAGUUGGGUGCUUCACCCUGCUUCCCUUUUUUACCUGUAAUUGAUUAGCUUCUAAGGCCAUUCUCGAGGUAGAGGAUAUAUUAGCUUCCUAGUACGGUCUUUUCCACUAUGCCUUUUUCUCUAGACGACUACGAGCCUUCGUUCCCGUCUUCUUUUGCGUACGCUUGGAGAACACUUGGCCUAACGCGAGAAGUUCGUUCAUGUCGUUCGCGUCGCGACAGGCGCGAGCAAAUAAAAUACUAGCUUAGUAAACCCGCGCGUUUCUGGACAGUCUCGCAGAGAUCCCGCGUAAAGGAUCGAGUUCGACGAGUGUUCGAGUGUAGUGACGGUAGGGAACUUUUUAGGGACGAGGUGAUAAACGGGAAGGCGGAGAAAAGAGAAUAUUUGCGCUGGUCGCGUCCUUUUUUAAUUUCUACGACACUAUGAUACCCCACCGAGGACGCGCCGGGAUGACGGAGAUCGUUUGGCAUAGCGCGGCGAUUUCCAACAACGGCGCUCCUUUUAUUGAGGUUACAACAAUUGCACUUAGAAUCUAAGUAUUGGAUACGAGACGCGUGUGCCAAAACUGCGUGUGUAUGUAUGACAGCGCGCGAUCGCACUCCAGUUUCUUUCGACAAUCAUAGUGCCGGUGUGAGUACGAUCGCUUGUGUGUGUUUUUACGAGAGUGAGAGAGAGGGAGAGAGAGAGAGAAAGAAAAAGAGAGAGAGAGAGAAGAAACGGGCAUUUUCUUCGUGAAGAAUUGCGCGCUGCAGUGUUACGCGAGCGACAAGCGACAACUCAGCGAGAACAAGCGGGAUCGUUCUCCGAUCAUUGAUCGGCCGAGAUUGUCGGGCGAAGUGACUCUCGUGCCUCGCAUUGCUUCGACGUAUUACCUUCUUUAUUUUGUAAUCCCGAUAUAUACAUCGCGACGGUGGUACGUCACGUUCCGUGAAAAAAUAUGUUUAUCGCGAAAAAAGAGAGUCGAGACGCCGAUAAGGUGCAAACAGAAUAUUAACUUUGGAGACUCGUAUUUGCCGAGAUAUAAUUAGAGGAUUCGUGAAUAUGAAAAUAAUUAAUCACCUGACUUAUAUGAGUAUCUGCAUCACAAAUAUUUCCUUAAUUUAAAGCUACGUGAUCCAAAUUCGGAGAUUGUCACAUCCUUUCCUAUACACGGAACGAACGGAGAGAUUGGUUGAAUCAAUGUGAUUACAACACAAUUAAGUGCGUCUUCAUUGAUCAGAUUUUCUGGUUCUUAUGAAAAAAAUUGAAUUAAUAAAGAAAAGAUUAUGAAAAGAGAUAGAUGAAAUUAAUGUGAUAAUAACUAAACGCGUUUUGUUUGAUGGAAACAGAAUUUCUUAUGAACUAAAUUUGUUAUAGGAAUAAAGAGCUCAUAAAAAAAUAAGCCUUUCCUUCUUAUACGGAGAAAAUAGAUUGGUUGAAUUAACAUGACAAUGACACAACUAAAUGCGUUUUGAUCAUAGGAAGGAAAAAUUUUCUGUUUCUUAUAACGAAAAAUUGAAUUAUGAAAUUAUGAAUUAUGAAACUAUGAAAGAAGAAGCUAUGAAAACAGAAUUUCUGUAGUUCUCAUGAACGAAAUUUGUUUCUAAGAACCAGAAAAUCUCUUUUCUUCAACCAAAACGCCUGUAGUUGUAUCAUUGUGGCGUUAAUUCAACCAAUCUACUUUCUCUGUGUAGAAAUAAAGAUUUAUUCUAAUGUCAAUCUCAAGCUCAUAUUAAUAGUCGUUACUUGUCUCACGUGAGAUAAUCAGAUUCGAAUUCAGAGUUACAUCUAAAUUUUUCUAGUAGUAUAAUAUGCGCGACGUUACGUUUGCAAUCGUUGUUCCACUGAAAAACUCGUAUCCAACUCUAAAUACAAAUCUGAAAAUUUUAUUUGAAGCAAGUUUCAAGUAACGACCAUUAAUACAAUCCUUAGAGUUAGUCUCUUAUGACAUUAAACUUGAAUUUUUGAGCGCACCUCGGAACUUGAUAAACAUUAUAAUGCUGAAUUCUCUCAUUUUAUUAUUAAAUGCAAGAAGGAGACGAACAUCUAGUUAAAAAUUCAAGCCGAUGCAUAUUAAAUGUUUCAAGUUAGUAUUAAGUUUACAUCAGAACUUACGGAUACUUUCGUAAAAUACGCACGUUAGCGGAAUAAAAGGUCCUAAGUUUCACAUCUUGUCGCUCGCUUACGCGAGGCACGCGUGUUUUAUUCAAGGAGAGAAUCAUGCGAAUGACGUAUUCCGAACACGCUGACGAGAUUUUACGCCAGGGAUUGUAGUAGUAAUAAUAUAAUCUCGACCACGAGGUGUGUAUCAUAGCGAGGCGUUGUGAGAUGUUAAUGGAUGAGAUAUUAUAAAAAUUUAUGUUUCUAUAUUGUAAUAACGUUUAUGUAUAACGGUUAUUAUAAUGCAAAAAUAUACAUACUAGUUGUCCGGUU